AGCUAGCUUAUAGUGGCACAAGCUAAAAACUACAAAACUUAUUAGCAAACGUGGAUCUGGUUGCCCUAAAUCAUAUCAAAACGGCAACUCGAAAUUGGUCGCUUUGGCAGUUACCGUCGUUAAAAAUUUGUUUACAACUGGUACAUAUCUGAACAGAAACGAUUCGGUUACCUUUAAAAACUAAAAAAAAACGUACUUAAAUAGCUCCAAAUUAACAAGGCACAAUGAAUUUUGAUAACACAGAGUUUAUGAAUCAAAAAAUGCUCAAACCGCUCAUGCCAGAAGAUAUGCGUAACGAGUUGAUAGCGGCUUUAAAAACUCAAAAUGUUCAGCAUCACAAUCGAUCGCGAUCAGUUCGAAACUUCAAAAAGUUUCCAUAUUCACAAUCGCCGAUCCCUACUAGUCCCCUUGUGGCGCCAAAUGGUUCCAAUGACGAGGACAAACGGUUUCAGCUGCGACUGCAAGCCAUUCAAGAAAUCAAAUCGUCGGAAUUGUCCUACCUUCGGCAGUUGGAAAUGCUGAUAAACCAUUUCGUACUACCCCUGAAAAGUAACGGAUUGAUCCAGGAAAAGGAACAUUCCCAAAUUUUCGGUCAGCUAGAAACUAUCCACAAUCUCAGCCAAGAGUUGCUGAAACAUUUGGACGAUAAUUUGGACAGCGUAGUUAAAGCUUUCAUGAAUCUGGGACCGUUUUUCAAACUUUAUUCAGUCUAUGCAUUUGAUUAUCGUAAAUCGCUGUGUGCUCUACAAACACUAAUGCUCAAAAGCCCUGGGAUAAAGAAAUUUAUAACGAAUACUGAAAGCCGGCCAGAGGUUCAAACUAAACUGAUAUCGCUUUUGAUAAUUCCAAUUCAAAGGAUUCCACGAUACAAAUUGCUCCUGCAGCAAGUCCUCCUGUACACAAGUCCUUCAGAUGGAGCGCACAAGCAACUUCAAGAAUCUAUCAGACUUGUGGAACAAUCGGUGUCCCACAUCAACUCCGUGGUAGAAGACUACGAAAACACUCAGCGACUUAUAACGAUUCAGAAUGCGCUAACUACAAAAUCAUUGAAAAUCGUUAACCCUGGGAGAAAAGUCCUCAAGGAAGGAGUGCUCCGGAAAGUCAAACCCGACGGAACAACGUCCAAAAAGUACGGUAUCCUUAUGUCCGACAUGUUCAUUUACUGUCGAAUGCUCAAAGAUGUUGACCAUCUGAUGUCGGAAAAUGGUCUGGAAUGUUGCUGCAUGUUUCCGCUUAAGAAAUGUAAGGUGGUGGAAAUGUUUCGUGGCAAUUUUAAACUCAGCUGCAGCGGAGAUGGGAUAAUCUUUACGGCUGAAAGUCCCGAAGAUAACCAAAGUUGGCUGCAGGCCAUACGGGAGGCCAUCGAACUACACGUGCAGUGUCGCAAGACGCUUCGAAAGUUGUCGAGCAAUCGGAAACCAUUGCGUAAAAAACACAUUCAACGCCUUGAACCAGAGGACGAUUAUCUGUGGUUGUUGCGUCGCAAAACGGCUAGUCCACCGCAAUCACCGGCCAAGCGGUAUCAGCGUAGCUGGUCGCUGCGAAAGCUGGACUGUUUGAAGGCCAUGAACAGUUCCUAUCAGGAGGACACGAUGUCGUCAGUAAAGGUAAACUACUUAGGUAACACUCCCAACAAAAAACUUUUAAACCAGAGAGCCACAUCCGCUGCCGCUGCUUUGGACGAAAAUCGUUCCAUGAUACAGUUGCAAACGUAUGGUGAAUCUCCGAAACCGGGUCCAAGUGCCGAUGGUACCCGGAGAAAGCAUGUGCACUUUCAGCUGCCGGCCUCGUAUUAUAAGCGCUGAGUUUUGGCUGCGUUUAAUGCUCUUUCUUGGUUUUUCUGUUUUCGGUCAAGUAAUCUCAAUUUGUCCCAGUUUUUGUUUUCUAUAGAUAUAAAUACAUUUUCGU